CAAAGCCCAUUUCCGCAAAGGAGACUUUGUGGUAGAGUACAGGGGCCAGCUAAUAAAUCAUGAAGAAUCAGUCAGGAGGAGGAAGACCUAUCACAGAGCAUGUACUGUUUUCAUGUUUGACUUCCAAUGGAAAGAAAAGACAUGGUGUAUCGUGCAACCCAAGAAGAUGGCAGCUUUGGACGACUCGUCAAUGAUGACCACAAGCGUCCCAAUUGCAAUGAAGGGAUCAUAACGGAGGCCAAACCACACCUCUGUCUGUUUGCUUUGAGGGACAUUCAGACAGGAGAAGAAAUAACAUACAACUACGGUGGAAAUGAUUGGCCAUGGAGGAAACAGGCAGAAGAACAGUCAUGUGCUGCUGAUCCCUGUGACACUGAAGACCCCAGAACAGCAGAGAAGAUGGCUGAGAGUCCUUCAUCCUCUGUCAUGCAGGUACAGUAGAAGUCAUUUUGUUAGGCUCAACAUUACUGUUUCUGUUUUUAAUCAAAAUUUGUCCAAUGUUUGCUCUUGUGCACAUUGUAGAGUUUAGUUUAGAUGGGUGUAACUAUAGUGUCAAAGUGUUACCAAGCACAGUCUGGUUUUCCUGAUUCAGUGGGGACCAACCAUCAUUUACUGUGGCUGCCAUCUUACACACU